AUUUAGGUGCACAUUCAAUUGCCGGAUUUGUGGAAAGUUUUUCAGGUCAGUUCCCAUGCAGAUUUUGUCUUGGUCACCGCUCAGAUUAUCAGUUGAAGGAGGUACGCACAGGUCAGUUUCAGUUAAGGACUAAACAGGAACACUCACUGCAUGUUCAGACAGUGCUGCAUGACCAAAGUAGGUCCCACUGCUUUGGUGUCAAAAAACAGUGUGUGCUGACUGAAAAACUGAGUAACUUUCAUGUCUUGACAGGGUACCCUCCAGAUUUAUUACACGAUCUUUUUGAAGGGAUUGUUCCUCUUGAAAUAGCAUUAAGCUUGAAAGUUUUCAUUCAGAAAAAAUAUUUGACUUUGUCUGAGGUCAAUGACUCAAUCAAACAUUUUCCAUUUAAAUGGAGUGACAAAACUAACUGUCCAAAGCCAGUACCUCUCACAUUUGCCACCCGGAAGAGCAUUGGGGGAAACGCACACGAAAACUGGGCUCUGUUAAGAUUUUUGCCAUUUCUAAUUGGAAUGAAAAUACCAGCUGAUGAACCAGCAUGGCAACUUUUAAUGGAUCUGAAAGAAAUUGUUGAGCUGGUUGCUGCUCCAGUCCACACAAAUGAGACCAUUUGCUACUUAGGUAUCAAAAUAUCAGAGCACAGAUAUAGAUAUUUGCAUGUCUUCCCAGGUGAAAAAAUGAUACCAAAGCAUCAUUUUCUGGAGCACUAUCCCGACUUGAUAAAGGCCUUUGGACCUCUUGUGGCUAUGUGGACAAUGCGCUUUGAAGCUAAACAUAGCUUUUUUAAACGUGUUGUCCAGCAUACACAUUCUUUCAGAAACAUUUUGUUAUCUCUUGCUACCAGACAUCAACUGUUAAUGGCAUAUCAAUCACAGAAUUGCUUUUUUUCAAAAUCAGCCCUGUCUGUUUCACAUGUUUGACAUAUGCCUUUGGAUUUGUUGAAGGCUGACAUGCAGGAAGCAAUACUGAGCAAAUUCCCAAAUCAGACAUCAGUACAAUUGGCUAACUCUGUGUCCUGCCAUGGAACAAAAUACUGUGCUGGUAUGAUUCUGACCCAUGACUGUACUGCAGGGUUCACAGAUUUUGCGCAAAUUCACCAAAUAGCUAUUAUUGAGAAUUUAGUUGGGUUUAUUGUGAAGACCCGGGUGGCAUGGUAUGAUGAGCACAUGAGAUCAUUUGAGCUAGAGGCACCAGGACAUCUUAAGUUCAUUCUCCAGAGUGACUUAAAUGACACUGUGCCAUUGGCUGCGUACUGUGUUGGGGGCAAAUCAAUGGUUACCCUGAAACGGUACAUUGAUGCGCCAUUCUAGUUGAUAAGUUAUCGCUUGACAUUUGUUUGUUUUUUUGAUGAAUGACUAAGGUAUUUGUUAUGCUAAUAGAAUUAUUGUUGAGAAAAAAUGGUUUUGUGUUCUAUGUUAAGGGCCUUCCUAUAUGUAACAUUCAGUUUCUCUCUUUUUUUUUUGGAACAGACUCACUAAAUGUCUAAACCAACAAUGUUACGAGUGAUGAUUAAACAUGAUGCACGUAAACUGAGCCUACCUUUUGGGAUUCCUGAUUCAGUUGAAGAACUUGAGAGGGCAGUGAAAGAGGAAUUAAAUGUACCUGACAGCUUUGUUCUGCAUUACCUGGAUACAGAAUUUGGAGAUUUUUUUUCGUUGACUUCUACAGCCACUUUGAAGGACAAAGAUACCAUUAAGGUGGUUUUUGUAGAGUCUGUGUUUAUUACUUUAACAGCAAUAGACUGCCCUCAAAAUAUCUCUACUUCAUCUUCAGAUGUCCUGUCAACUGUGUCUUCAGUCAAUUCAUCAGAUGUCUCAUCUGUUCAGCAUGAAUCAUCAGAUGAUACAGUGUUGCUAUCCCCUCUGAGGAGUCAAGGGUUGCGUUCACAACACUGGCCAGCUCACUUUGACAUUCCUGAAUUUCCAUAUGACACAGAGCUGACUCUGCACACAGGAAAUGAUGAGUUCCUUAAAAAUGGGGUUCUUUUAAACAAUCACAGUGUGAGGUCUCAGAUUUCUGACACACUAGUCAAAAAAAUAUUCCAGUACUGUGCAUACCCCUCCAGCAAUCAGGUAUGUGCAGUUGCACAGGCCUUAAUUGAAAAGUAUCCAUGCUUGAGGGAGCCUGGGUCAUUGUCUGGGUAUGAUGGUUGGUUAUCCAGAUUGAAGAAUAAAAUGGCCACCUAUAGAAAGAAACUAAAACAGCUUGGAUGCCCUGAAUUGGCUGUUAACUCCUCACAAAACAAGAGGCCUGCUGCAAUAAAAAAGCCACGUAAAGCUGAGUUGAACUACCUUCCCCCUCUCCCAUCUGAUGAAAACAAACAGACUUUGGAGAGACUGAGAAUAGAGCUUCUCAGUGACAUCAAGGUUCGAGACAAUCGGAAAGCUGUUAGUGAGAAGAUGGCCAGAACCUUUUCCUCUCGCAGACAGGAAAUAGUUGAGGACAGCCCUCCUGUACACGACCUGUUGCAGAGAUGGCCAGCCCUUUUUGAUGUCACUCAGGUAAAAGAAGAAUUCAGAAGGUUGACAGCCAUUGAUUUGGAAUCACAGUUGUAUUCUAACCUAGACAAAUACACAGAUAGACUCCUCAGUUUAUACCACUCCAAGGGAGGGAAUGCUGCACGUAAAAUGCAGGACUUGUUGAUCCUGCUGGACCAGGAUGCUGGUGUGGACAACCGUAGAGAUGUAGUGAUUCGUGGCUUGAUGGUACACUUCUCUGAAAAUGUUGAGCACCUCAUUACACAUUACCAGGAUACUCAUGGCGACCUGAACCCGGAUGACCUGAAAAACCACACUCUUAAAAUUGUAACCAAAGGGGGCUCUGCAGAUGGCAGUCCGUUAGAGGCAGGGAUUGUUUUGGAGGGGACACAGGUGAUGGCAGGAUUACAAAGUGUCCCAAAUGCAUGUGUCAUCCUUCUUGGCCUGAUGUAUGUGAUUAAUCUGAGCUAUCCCAAGCCACUGAGAUACACAUUUGAAUUCUUCCAAAAAGUUCUACUAGAACUCGACAGUGGGAAACUGUCCCCAAAGAUGCUGUCUUUAAAGAACAAUCUGUUGGCAUAAAUGCAGGGUAAACACUGAUACGGCUGAAAAUGCAGCCACAUACUGUACUACCACAUCAGACCUCUAAGAUCUUGGAAGAUCAGUAUUUUUUUUUUUCUUAUUUUUCCAUUGAUAAAGGGUUUGUAUUAUUUUAUUGUGUUAUUAGUUUAUGGCAGUGAGGAUAUUUAACAUAACAUCCUGUUAUGUUUUUCAGUUAAAAUUUUAAGAGGUUUUCAGUGGGCAGUGAUUAAGGGGAUUUUACUGCAUUGCAAGUUUGUGUUUAAGUUGCAGACAUACUUAUGUUCCAGAACGGUAACAUUUUUGUUUUGAGUUAUACGAAAAAUGGUAUUGAUUUUUUUUUGACCAUUUAUUUUCAUUGGCUGUUAAAGGAAAGGCUGUAUACCAUUUUGUAUUUUCAGAAAAUAAAGUAA